GUAACCUUCGCUUAGGAGCGAGUAUAAAUGCCGCAAGGGAGCAGCAGCUGGGGCUCGAGGAGGCGAUUUUGCAGUUGUUGCUCUCCCUGUUCCUUCCGCGCUUGGCUUCUCGGUGAGUGCGAUGAUCGCCGUCGUGGUCUUACUUGCGCGUUUGCUUCGAUCCUGUUAUGAUCUAGCGGAGAGGCACGAGAUCUGUACAUUUGGGGCGAAAUAAGAGCUAGAUCUGGUGUUACGCUGGCUCUGGGCUCCGAUCUUAUGAUCUAGGAGGAAAUCGGCCUUUUUUUCUUAACCCGGAAACAUUCAAAAUGGAGAAUUAUCCUGUGAGAGUUAGUGGCAUUGGACAAUUCCUUCCAGAUUGCAUGGCAGAUAGAAAAUCAAGGUUUUGUCAAAUUGAUAACCAACCAAGUCCAAGAUCUGAAGUCAUCUGUCCUCAACCUCAUCGUGCUACAAGAGUUCCGUGUUUGAUUAAUACUCUCACUAGAGUCAGUUCCAAGACGAAGGGCAUGAAGUCUAUUUACCGAGUGGACUGUGCUCCUGAGAUCCUUGAUCUUCUUCUGAAUCAGGACUAUGACUCAGACAACGACACGUUCUUCGCCGGUUCUCCUCCUGCGCGUACUAACAAUCCGGUCAUCCAAGAUUCUCAGUUUGUCAAACAGUCCUCUGCCGCUUCCCUGAUGAACUCUCCCUCUGCGAACCGAGGGUCGCCAACCUGUGGCUCUUCUUUCGGGGGGAGCCCAAAGGUGAGAAUUGAAGGCUUUGCUUGUGGUAGCCCGGAGAAGCAUCGCGUUGCUGCUGCUCUAGCAUAACCUCUCCUCCUAACAAUGACCAUCCCAUUGCCAGUGUAAAUUCCACCUUCUCAAUUCUAAGUUUCUGUUUUACCUUUCUGAUCUUCUUGGCUACUGAUCCUGGCUGUUGGAAGCUGCCUAACUGACGGCCUCAACUAGAGUUUCGUGUUGUAAAUACGUGAGGUAUCGAAAGUUAAGAGUAUGUAUAGUAGUAGCUAUAUGGUGCCUACGAGUUGAAAGUCAUGCUAGCAUAGUAGCAUAAUGUAGCGAGACUGGUUCUUGUGAAUAUGAUCUUUUAUCCUUUAGUAUA